AUGUCCAGUGACAUUUUGAGCAUGUUAGAUCAGCCCUACCUGCUCCUGAAGUGCAUGCAGAUGCUGCUGUGUGGGCAGCCACCAAUGACCCCCGUCAUUGCCACUCUGCUAAGUCAGUGGUCUUCUGUGCUUCACUCUAUCUUGGCCCUGAUUGCAUUCAUCUGCAUUGAGACCAUCAUGGAGUGCUCCCCAUGUGAAGGCCUCUAUUUUUUUGAGUUUGUAAGCUGCAGUGCAUUUGUGGUGACCGGAGUCUUGCUGAUUCUGUUCAGCCUCAACCUUCAUAUGAGGAUCCCCCAGAUCAACUGGAACCUGACAGAUUUGGUCAACACUGGACUCAGCACUUUCUUUUUCUUUAUUGCCUCAAUUGUAUUGGCUGCUUUAAACCACAAAACCGGAGCAGAGAUUGCUGCUGUGAUAUUUGGCUUCUUGGCAACAGCGGCCUAUGCAGUGAGCACCUUCCUGGCUGUGCAGAAAUGGAGACUCAGCCUCCGCCAGCAGAGCACUAAUGACUACAUCCGAGCUCGCACCGAGUCCAGAGAUGUGGACAGUCGCCCUGAGAUCCAGCGCCUGGACACAUGAGAACCUACCAGAGUCCUCUUCCCUCUGCCCUCAUGUUCAUUCUUCCAAUCAAGUUUUCUUUCUCUCAGCACGUCAGAUCCAGUUUUUGUGUGAUACAGUUGAAUUUUGUCUUAUUUGAUAAAAAUUCACUUUGGGGAAGGGUAUCUAAAGUGGCCCAGUGACUGAUCUGUGGUGGGCUGGAAAGGCCCAGGUCCUCCAACAUUGGGUGGCUGUGGGAACAGCUGGCCUCACUGACUGCUUAUAUCCACUCCAGGUCUUAGCUGUCCUCAUCUGACUCUGAGCCACCCUGUCAUGUGUAUUUAUGAUGAGUCAAAACUUUAGGUUAAAUGGGGCUGCUAAGAAGGGAACUGCCAAAGAAAGGUACACAGCUGGAACAGCCUGUAUGGUUCUUGGGCAGCUCCCUGGUGUGCUGUGGGUGGGUGUUAAGUCUGGCUGGCUGGAUCCACCCUCUUUGUCUUCCAUGCCUGGGGCAUCCAGAUGCCCAGUGUGACUCUGAGGGGCUUGGCAAAUGGAUGUGCUCCUGGAGCCUCCUUGCUGAGCCUAUCUGUUACAGGACAAGAAAACAUGGUGUCCUGUGGGAACAGCUCCAUGGGACCACUGACUCAUGGGUGUGAAUGACCAUGUGUGUCUCCUACCCUGCUGAGAAAUCACUUGAUUCUUCCUCAGAUGAAUUACCUUCCUGGGUCCCGUAUUUGUUCCCAGGAAUAUAGGGACCAUCUUGUUUGCCAGUCUCCUGCCUGCCCUACAUACCUUGAGGCUGAGUUGCAGUUUCUGCAGUUUUACCUUCUCAGGUGAAACCUGCAAAAGAAACAGUUGAACAUUCUUCCACCAGCCGAAGCACUUGAGGAGUUGCUGGCCUCAUGGACCACACAUGUGUGUCGUGUGUGUGUGUGUGUGUGUGUGUGUGUGUGUGUGUGUGUGACAAAGCGGCACACUCAAGCAGAGCCUCUAUUUUAUGGACAUGUGCUAAUUUUCUAAAUGCCUGAGAAGAGUUCUAAAGUGACUCUCAGUUUGUCUAGGAUUUGAAAAUACUUGAAUUUGCACGAGGACACAUCCUUCCAUGGAUGUUUCAAGAGGCAUUGUUGUCACUUUUGGUGCCUGAGUGUCAUCACUAUAAGCAUCAGUCUUGGAACGUGUCGAAAAUCCUAGUUACAUAAGGCUUUUUAUUGGUUCUUGAUAAAGUGAAGAUUAUUUUUGUGGUGAAUGAGUUAAGCCCCUAUGAUGCUGUAGUUUUGUUGUUUUUAGAGACUAAUCUUUUUGGAAAAUUGUUUUAACAUGUCAGGUUCCCACUCUGCACUGUUAAUGUUUACAGACCUCACUGUAGCUCUACUAUUUUGUGUAUAGUUAGCCCUCACCAAGGAAAUGACCCUGCUGGUGGGAAGAUUUUGCAGUAGAAUGAACCCCUGCUGUUUUGUGUUGAGGACUAUUUACAGCCUGAGCAGUGUCCUUUGUAGUACAUAACCUGGAAAGUUGGUGGCAAUGUUGGGGGAGGCAAGUCUGUGAGGAGGCGCCCCUGUGCACUGUGGUUUGCAUUCUUUAGGGAAGAGCAGCGUUGUAUGGUUUAGUAGCAGUGAGGGGCUAUUGGUAACGCCAUGAGGCUGGGAGUCUACAGGAAAUGGUAUCAGGCUGUAUUUGCUGAGGGACAGGGCUAGGGACUGGCUCCCUAAACCCAACAUCCAGUGCAAUCUGGUUCUGCUGCAGUUCCAGGUGCCUGUAGCCAAGGUCACAUGUUUAGAGGCUGACCCAGCUACUUUGGUGAUAACUCCCCCUCCACCCCCCUUCUCCUCUGAGGGCAGCCUGGACCUGGCCCCAGGCCCACCUCCUGAUAGAGAGGCCUCUCUAAGCAUGCUGUGAGUCAACACACCUCGUGCUUUACCAACUUUGAACCUGUUAUAUGUGGUGAUGCGGGGAAGCAGAUGACAUCUGGAUUUUAUCUGUUCCUUUUACAUAGUUAUUUUGCAUUUUCUGAGUGUGUCUGCAUAAUCAAAAUUGGGCUUCUCUCCCUCUGAAAAUUCCAUUUAAAAUAGAGUUGCAAAGACUCGGCCUGCAUCAUAUGGGACCCACUUGGAAGGCCCACCCUGAGCUUUAUCAGAAAUCUGCUGGGAGUCAUAUGACCGGGCCUCAGUAAAAGGCUACCUUUGAAGUGAGCUGGAGAAAAGAACCAUUCAGGCAGGAUUGUUGCCCAAGUAUAUCCAGGUCACUUCAAUAAAACCAUUUUAUCAUCUGGUGAAAGGAGACUGUUGAUUGGCCUUCUGAAGAAGUGUUGUCAGCUGAAAGAAAUAAUCUUUGAGGCCCAUCAAUAGCGUGUAUGCAGAGAGAUGAUAAAAGUGGUGUCCUCUUAUGGCCAGAGACUUAGGAGUAAUUUGCAUCUUAGUGAUAGAAUCUUUGGAAUUAUUUAUGUCCUAGUAACUAAUAUCCUUUGUGCUAUGAAGCUUCCCCAUGACUUUUGUAUAUGUGUUUGCUUGUGCUAUUUAACUAGCUCCCAGAGAACCAGAAGUGGCUGUACACUUUUUAAUCAGCGUAGUGAACAGCUCUGUAUCUCCUCCUAUACAACCAGUGUGGUGAGGAAAAAUCAUGAAGGGAAUAUGGUUAUUAAUGGUGAUUGUAAAGACACCUACAUUUUUCUUAUGGUGCCUCUGUGUACAAACAAGACAAUUUAGAUUCAGGGUCUUGAGGACCUUGCAAAUUGAAGGAAGCAUAAUUUUAUCUUUAGUAAUUCUACUAUGAACUGAUGUCACUUAGGUUUAGGGUAUUUUAAGGCAACCUUACCUUUCCUGCAGGGAUGAAUUGACUCUCACAGUUGGAGUAAAACUUGGAACUGUACUUGCUGGGAACAUCUGGUAUGUUCCUGGAGAUGUAGCAUUUGGUGAUUUUGAUAGAUGCAAACACUUCAGAGAAAGUAUAUUUUGGCACUGUUUUGGUUGGCUGGGUGGGCCCCCAUCCCUUCACAAUGCCCUUUGCCUUUCAUAUGGAGAAACUGCCGCCAAGAAAACCUAGACACUUGUUGGCUCCUAGAAAAGGCAAACGCAGUAAUGAGUUAAAAUUUCUUCAUAAAAGUUCUGUUUAAAGUAGACAGCCAUGCAGGAGAGAUUACUUUUGUCUAUAGAAAAAGCAAGAACACAGUAGGCUGCUCAUGCCCAGUGCCCACCACUUUCUUAGCCAAAACAUUAGAGUGGGCAGACCCUGACCACGGAGAAACUGUCGAGGCCCACCAGACUCUGAGCACUUGGCCCUGGGGUCCUUUUAUAGGCUAGACUACUCACACCUGUGGGCAGGCCUAGUGUGCCUGGUGCCUGGCUUUUACCCUGUGCUAGAUGCUUCUGGAGGGACCUUCAUUGUUCAAUUGAAAACAUUCCUUCUCUUUUCAAGUUUGCAGUGUCCUCCAUCUUUUUUGAAGUUUUUCUAGUGAUUUAGACUUGGGUUAGCCACAGGCAAUCUUAGAGGAAAUGGAGGCUUGACUCUUCUCCGUACAUGUCUGUGAAUUCUUGCUUGCCAUGAGUGAGUCUUGGCUAACCCUGUGUGUGGCUGAAGCUUACCUCUUCUCAGAUUCCCAUAGAUUUCGAAUGUCCUGUUUGGAGGAAAUGUCUCCCUGGUCUGUGAGGAAGCCUGAGGACUAAUCCCUACCCAUGCCAGAUUCCCUAUGGAGAGUCUUGGGAGCAGGGAAAUAUGUUCAAUUUAGUGAUAAUGUAUAUAGUUCUUGCUCUGCCUUCUGUUCAAAAUACAGAGCAGUCACAAGGUCAUUGUACCUCUGCCUGAUUGCCUUUUUCUCUGGAUGUCAUCUACAUAGCAACAGUGACAUUAAACAGGGAGCAGAAAGAGGUUUGUACUUUCUAGACCAAGAAUGCUAGCUGUUUCUUAUGAGCAGAAUGAAAAAGUUGCUUUUUGCUUUAAGGAUGGCUUCUAGCAUGCAGUCUCCAGAUACUCUUUUAGAUCCUCUUAAGAGUCCAGCAUUUCUCUCUUCCCUGGCCUGAUUUUAUCAGCACCUGCUCCUAGGACCAGUUACACAGGAGUCUGGUGGGCAUUUGAGGUUUGCAUAAUAGAGGUCUAUGAGAGAAGGAGGAAGAAGAGGAGGAGGAGGUGGUGGAAGGUAGCAGUGGCCUUGAUUGGCAUUCCAUGUGCUCAUAACCCCAGACUGCCCUGGAAACAUGUCUUUGAUUAAUUACCUUUUUUUCAGAAGGGUGAGGGCAGGGCAGAUGCUCCAAAAUUAACUUGAGGGUAAGAAUUGUGUGUGGGAGAUCACCAUCUCUCAGCACUGGGUCUGAGCAGGUGACAGAUCUGGCUCAGGUGCACUCCAGGCAGAGUGAAGACCUAACAGACCUACGUUCUUACUUUGUAAACUUUCCUAACUCCAUAAAACUUUGUAUCUUCUCUGUUCCACAGUUACUUUAAUAAUCAUAAGAUCUGUCUGGUUGAAAAAGUCAUUUGAAAUAUUUAAUUUUUAAAUGUUUUAUUAGAAACUCUUUUGUGUGUUUUGUUUCUUUUGAGACAGGGUCUCCCUGUAGUCCCAGCUGGCCUGGAACUCAGUAAGUAGACCAGGCUAGCCUCAAUCUCACAGAGAUCUGCCUGCCUCUGCUUCCUGCUGGGAUUAAAGGCAUGAACCACCACACCGGGCUAGAAACUGUUUCUGAAAGAAAGUACCUUCAGUAUGUUAGGUCUAGAAUUUUCUUCUGAAAGGGAAUGCUCCAUUGAACUACUUGUUGGUCAGUGGCAUUGAAUAUAACUUCCCAACCUUUGAGAUUUUUUUUUCCUUUCUAGUUUUUCCUAUUGCAAAAACCAAAGAGGAAGGGGAGAGGGGAGGGAAAGACCUAUAAACCCACUGAGCUCGAGGCACUAGCCACUUGCCUAGGAUCAAGUUUAGGUUGUAGGUCCUUGAAGAGCAUACCUGUAUUAUCAGGUUAGCUUGUCACCCUUUUUACUGAGACUUUAAUUCAGGUGAGCCUUUGGUUAAGGGUUAAUAUCACUUGGACUCUGGUGAGCUAGUGCAACUUUUAUGGUUAUAAUUAUUAUGGUAAGAGUAUGUCUGGAGGCACCUUAAUCAGCUUUGUUAAUGGGAUGGAGGAUAGAGCCUAGAGGUUUUCUUUUUUAUAAUUGUGCCUGAAAGGAGAGAUGCCAUGAAGUAAGAUUCUGAGGAUGACUGUCAUUCCCAAAGCUGUCAUCCAAGUUGCUUUGGAUGCUGCUGCUUGCACUCCAGCAGGAAGUACCCUGACUCUCUUUUACAUAGAAAAGCCAUGGAAGGAAUGGCGUGAAAUGAGGACAGUGAGGAAAACUUGGCCCCCACUCCCACUUGAGGCAGGGACAGGCCUGCCUGACAGCUGCUUCCCUCCACGAACCCUGCUUUGCUUUCCUUUUACAGAAUGGAUUCAGCAAGUUUCAAAGCUCUCUUCCCCUUUGUGGAAAUGAGGAGGACAAGCACUCAGGACUUAAGGAGUGGCUGGGCCAAGUGCUAAAGAGGGCGAAAGAUGGGCCAUUGGCUGGGAUAGUACUCCACACCAACCCACCCCCACCAAGGGGCUGGCCUGGCCCCAACUUGUUCACUCCUAACCCAUUAAAAAUUAAUUUUCAAAUCAUCAUGAAAUUGACCCACUUACCUAAAAUCAUUGCUUUUUUAUAACUUGAUGUUGUUAGGCGUGGUUCUGUCUGGAGGACUGCUAGGGAAUCAGUCUGUCUUGAAGUUUGUAGGGGUUUAGGAACCCAUGGCAGAAACACUAAGAUAUUUAUUACAGGUCUGUCUCUAUAUUUUUUUUUUUGAUAGGCAAUUCUGUCUUUGUAUAUUUUAAGACAAAUAAUCACUUCACCUUUGGUGCCUUCCAUGUGUCACAUACGCACUCUUGUCAGUCAUGGAAUUGGGGGAAAAAGGAUGUACAUUCAGUUAAAACAGAUAACACUAUUUUUGUAGCAUGAUUUUAGAUUGUGUCCUUUUAAUAUUGCUUUCAAUGCUGGUCUUGGCAUUUGGGCCAUUUUUCUUUUAAACUUCCUAUGAACUGUUCAAAAGAAGAAGAAAAAAAAAAAAUCCCCCAGCUACUCUUGUGCUGCAUUCUCCCCACAUCACAUUUCUACUGAUUUAAUCUGAGAGUCAGAGGAUGGUUCUAUUAAAAAAAAAAAUCAGUUAGUAUAACUGUAUUUGGCAUCAUUUGAGCAUUUAUUAGAUUUGAUGAGCAGCUGCUCACCUCCAACAGUAAGAAAGUGGUCCCAUAUUUUAAGAGUAUCAUCCGUAUUCUGACUUCUGUUUGCUGGAUUUGUCUGACGUGGAGAGCCUGUGUCUGGUUCCUUGCCCUGCUACCCUGGCCAGCCUCAGGCUAUUCUCUGGCCCAUCUUCCAGGAUGGGCUAAGUGUCACCUGCUUCUUGGGAGGAACUCAGCCCAGCUGUGGCCUUACCUCCCACUGGGAUUUCAGUUAGGGCUAUGGAUGCCCUUGGUGGGCUUAUGGGUGGCUUGAAUGCAGUAGAUGCCCUGCUGUGGGGAGCUGGAUGAAGUCAGGUAUAGGGCAACCUAGGUGCCCCUUCUGUUUUCCUGGUCCUGUACUGCCAACUUGUCUGGUCAGGGAAAACUAGCUAAGCCAUUGCUGAAUGAAGGUACGGACUUUCUGAAACAUGACAUUGUAGCUCUUUAUUUUUGUCCUUUUGAAGAGUAACAACAUGUAAUUCUGUGGUAACAAAAGAAGUCAUCAGGUAGCUAAGUGACAACUUUCUGUUAGGAUGGGCCACUGGCACUUCAACCAGUGGCUCUUUUGGGAGAGAGUGUCAAUAGUUAUCACAUUCUGUUUCUAAAGUCUGUUUCUAUUUUAUUUUUUUGAGACAGGGUCUUGCUAGGUAUCCCUGGUCAGUCUGAAACUCAACUAUGUAAGGCCAGGCUGGUUUCUUAACCUGUAGCAAUCUUCCUGCCUCUUCAUCUUAAAUGCUGGGACACAGAAAUGUGUCACCACACCCAGCUGAAGUUUGUUUCUUUGGGGAAGUUUAUAGACAUGGCUGUGGGCAUUCCAAGAUGAAAGCCAUUGAGUAAACUUUGGUCCCUCUGACAUGACCAUCAUUGGGAGGGCCUCCUCUGGCCCUUACUGGCUCUCAUGUUUGACCCUGUGUUUUGACUGGUGUGGGAGCCCCAUGGCAUUUGCUCCCAUUGAUUUGUCCCUGACAACAGACAAAGCCUCACACUGCCCUCAGUCUCCCCACUUUCUUUUGAAGGACCAAUUUUUCAUGGUACUUGUCUUGUUUUCAUAGUGUUCAAAUCUGUAUUUUUGUAUGUAGAGGGAAAUAAUUUUCUCAACACUAAUCGCUAAUAUUGUAUUAAAUUGUUGUGAAGGAGUUCUUGUUUAAUAAAUGGACAUGUAAAAAUG